UGUACCACUGUACAAGGAUAUUACUGGGAGGCAGUCCGCUGGUUUGGUUUCUCGUACGUGGGAGUGGUGUUGCCGUGUCUAGGUCAGACUCACUGUCGUGUCCUGGUUCAUAAAUACCUGCAGAGAGAGACUUCACAUCAACUUGAAAGUUUUGGUUGUUGUUGUUGUUGUUUUGUUGUUGUUUCUGUUGUUUAAAAUAUGGCGGCGAAAAAUUCGUACAAUUUGUGGGGUGAUCUACCUCCCGGACAAAAGGUUGUGACUGAUAUCUAUCAACAGCGCAAUGACGAACGUUCGGAAGACACCGCCACGGACACGGAAACUACCGGAGAGGAAUACGAGAGGGGACAGUGGGGAAACAAGGCCGAGUUUAUUCUGUCGUGCAUCGGUCUGUCGGUCGGUCUCGGAAACGUCUGGAGGUUUCCGUACUUGGCUUACGAAAAUGGUGGUGCGGCGUUCGUUAUCGCCUAUCUUGUUCUACAGCUGUUGAUUGGUAAACCAAUGUACUUCAUGGAGCUAGCAGUUGGCCAGUUUUCUGCUAAAGGUCCCACGGCUAUCUGGCAUAUGAAUCCCAGUGCUAAAGGUGUUGGUAUUGCCAUGGCGGUCAUCUCGCUAGAUGUCGCUAUUUUCUACAACGUCAUCAUGGCUUACACUCUGUAUUAUUUCUUUGCCUCCAUGCAGACAACUCUUCCAUGGACAGUUUGUAAAGAGGGCUGGGAGAACUGUGUUACCACAAGAGUUGCGCCCCCUGCAUUCUGCACGGGUAACGCCACCUAUGACGCUUUACUUGACGCCUGCCGGUGUACUGGGAACUACUCUAUCGAUUCAAUCCUCACCGUGAACUGCACGAACCUUACUUACACAGGCAAACCCAUUACUGCCUCGGAGCACUUUUUCUUUCGCGAGGUGAUCCAACGGUCAUCAGGCUUGGAACCGGAAAACUUUGGCUACCCGUCGUGGAAACUUCUCCUCUGUCUUGUACUGUCCUGGGUCGUCGUAGUUCUCUGUCUUAUCAAGGGAGUCAAGUCUUCCGGAAAAGUUGUCUACUUCACUGCUACGUUUCCUUACGUCAUUCUCAUAAUCCUGCUUAUACGAGGCUCGCUGCUAGAGGGCGCUAUAGACGGGGUGAUAUAUUUCAUAGUGCCCAAGUGGGAGAAGCUGCUGGAUUUGAAAGUAUGGUCGGCUGCUGCAGGUCAAAUGUUUUUCUCCCUGUCUGUUUCUUUCGGAGGAAUAAUAAUGUUUGGCAGUUACAACAAGUUUAAAAACAAUGUAUAUGCAGAUGCGUUACUGAUAAGCAUAAUGGAUUUGGUGACAAGCAUCAUUGCCGGGUUUGUGAUAUUUACAACAUUCGGCGGGAUGGCGCACAAAGCUGGAACUACAGUCGCAGAGGUUGCAAAAGCAGGGUACGGGCUGGCGUUUGUGGCGUACCCUGAGGCAUUGUCCAACUUCCCCAUCCCCCAACUCUGGUCCGUCAUCUUCUUCUUCAUGCUGUUCACACUCGGGCUCGACAGCGAGUUUGGGUUGAUGGAGACAGUUCUAACUUGUAUACAAGACGAGUUCCCGAAACUGAGAAAGUAUAAAAGUAUAAUGUGUGUCGUUCUGGGCGUCAUUUGUUUCGUGUUGGCUUUGCCGUGUAUAUGUCCGGGAGGUGAUUAUGUCGUUUCUAUUAUGGCAGACUAUGGUGCUGACUUUUCCGUGUUAGUUGUGGCUAGCUGCGAGUGUGUAGGCAUCAUGUGGGUUUAUGGUGUUCGCAAAUUCCUCAAAGAUGUUGAGUACAUGCUUGGGAAGAAACCGUCUGUAUGGCCAUACUGGGUGUUCUGCUGGGCUGUUAUUUCACCGCUGGGAAUAACGCUCAUGUUUGUGUACAGGAUGGUGCAGUACAGUCCACUGAAGUACCCCAAUAAAGACCCUUUCCCAGUGUUCGCUCAGAUCAUCGCCUGGGCCCUCUGUGUUUUAGUUCUGAGUCCGCUGCCAAUUAACAUCAUAUACCAGUUCUACAAGGCCAAGGGAGAUUUUCGACAGCGCUUGCGGACAAUCACUUCUCCAACUCCUCACUGGCAACCUCAGGAUGGCGGUGACCGUUACGCACUCAACCCCGACCACUUCCAGAUGAACAACAAAUUCGGGGUAUUCAAUCCCGCACUGGAGUCCGAUAAAUACUUGUAAUUUAUAGAGUGACAUUUACAAGUCUAUAACCUCCUCUAAAGUGACAAUGGCAAGUUUAUAACCUCCUCAAUAAAGUGACCUUGACAAGUCUGUAAUUUCUUCUAAAAUGACAUUUGCAAGUGUGUAACCUUUUAUAAAGUGAUAUUUGCAAGUCUGUAUCCAGUUCUAAAGCGAUAUUUACAAGUCUACAACCUCCUCUAAAGUGACAGUGACAAGUCUAUAACCUUGUCUAUAACCUUUUCUAAAAUGAAAUUUGCAAGCGUGUAAUCUUUCUAAAGUGACAUUGGCAAGUCUAUAACCUCCUUUACAUGACAAUGACAAGUCUAUAACCUCCUAAAGUGACAAUGACAAGUCUAUAGCCUCCUUCAAAGUGACAAUGACAUGUCUAUAACCUCCCAAAGUGACAAGUCUACAACCUCCUAAAGUGACAAUGACAAGUCUAUAACCUCCUAAAGUGACAAUGACAAGUCUAUAUCCUCCUUCAAAGUGACAAUGACAAGUCUAACCUCCUUCAAAGUGACAAUCACAAGUCUAACCUCCUUCAAAGUGACAAUGACAUCUAUAACCUCCCAAAGUGACAAUGACAAGUUUAUAACCUCCUUCAAAGUGACAAUGACAAGUCUAUAACCUCCCAAAGUGACAAGUCUAUAACCUCCUAAAGUGACAAUGACAAGUCUAUAACCUUCAAAGUGACUGACAUGUCUAUAACCUCCCAAAGUGACAAGUCUAUAACCUCCUAAAGUGACAAUGACAAGUCUGUAACCUCCUUCAAAGUGACAAUGACAAGUCUAUGACCUCCUUCAAAGUGACAGUAGUAAAUCCUUGUUCUUGGACUGAUACUUGUACAUGCAUGUGUAUUUAUGUUUGAGUAACACUCAAAUGAUAAAAAUUUAUGAGGUGUAGUUUUCGAAUAACAACUUUGUGAAUUAUUUUUAUGACUAAAAAAUAGCAACAGAAAUCACAGAAUGUCAUGGGGAGGGGGACCACAAAAAUAUCACUUGAUUUAUUAUUCAUACUGUUAUAUUAAAAAUAUAAUUGAGAUUGCAUCUUUAACCAUUAUAUAUAUAUUAGUGUUUUCCCUAGCUUGUUUUAGCAUGGUGCAGCACCAUGCCUCAAUAGUCUAGCACCAUCUUGCUUUAACCUGUGCCAUGCUGCAUUGAGAUUAAAAAGGCCUUUUUCAAUAAUUAAUUCCAAAAUUGCCUUGAUGAAACACUAAAUAAAUGUAUUAUUAAUUAAUAAAAAUAUUUUGGUUAUAUAUUUUGCCAUUCAUUUAUUAAAGCAAAAACAUUAAUUACAUUUAUGUUUAUUUCAAUUUAAUUUUUUUUGUCUUUAAUGCAAAAGAAGUGCACUGAAAAUGGUGAAAAUGCCCCAAAGUGUUUUGUCUACCAUGCCAUGCCAGAUUUCUAGGGAAAACACUAUAUAUAUAUAUAUUUAUUACAUUUUAUAGAAAUAAUAAUGUUCACUUUAGUCUUUCAAAGUGGUUUAUAUUUCUUGUAUAAUACAAUGUAUAAGCUUAAAGGGACAGACCCUUGUUUCAACGCGUGAAAAUUAACACUAACACAUUUGGAUAAAGUUACAAUUGAGUGAAACAGGAGUCUGUGACUUUGAAAUGGCGAAAUACCCUCUAAAAAUAGACU